AUGAGUGGCACAAACCAGUGUCACCAGAGUGUCACUGAGUUCCUCCUGCUGGGACUCUCCAGGCAGCCCCAGCAGCAGCAGCUCCUCUUCCUGCUCUUCCUCAUCAUGUACCUGGCCACUGUCGUGGGAAACCUGCUCAUCAUCCUGGCCAACAGCACAGACUCCCGCCUGCACACCCCCAUGUACUUCUUCCUCAGCAACCUGUCCUUUGUGGAUGUCUGCUUCUCCUUUACCACUGCCCCCAAGGUAUUGGCCAACCAUAUACUUGGGAGCCAGGCCAUUUCCUUCUCUGGGUAUCUCACACAGAUGUAUUUCCUUUUCAUGUUUGUGGACAUGGACAAUUUGCUGGCUAUGAUGGCCUAUGACAGGUAUGUGGCCAUAUGCCACCCUUUACACUACACAACAAAGAUGACCCAUAAGCUCUGUGUCCUGGUGGUGGCUGGAUCAUGGGCCACUGCCAAUUUGAAUGUCUUAUUACACACUCUGCUCAUGGCUCAACUAUCCUUUUGUGGGGACAACAUCAUCCCCCACUUCUUCUGUGAUGUGACUCCCCUCCUGAAACUCUCCUGCUCAGACACACAUAUCAAUGAGGUGAUGAUUAAUACAGAGGGAGCUGUGCUCAUGGUUACUCCUUUUGUCUGCAUCCUGAUCUCCUACAUCCACAUCACUUCUGCUGUCCCUAGAGUCUCAUCCCCUAGGGGAGGAUGGAAAGCCUUCUCCACAUGUGGCUCACACAUGGCUGAGGUCUGCCUUUUCUAUGGUACUAUCAUCGCCGUGUAUUUUAGCCCCUCAUCUGCCCAUUCAUCUGAGAAAGACACAGCAGCCACUGCGUUGUACACAGUGGUGACUCCCAUGCUGAACCCUUUUAUCUACAGCCUGAGGAAUAGGACUUUGAAAGGGGCUCUACUAAAACUGGUCAACAGAAGGACUUUUUCUGCCCAGUGA